AUCUAAAUUUAAUUAUAUAUUAAAUUUAUCUAAAAUUAUAUGGUGUAUUACGUAUUUGAUCUAGACUUAUUUUUUUGAAAUAUUUGUAAUAAUUUGAACAAAAUAGAUCCUUAAAUUUGUUUAGUUUUCGUGAAAUAGUGGCUAAACUCUGUAAUACAUAUUACAAAAACGGGAGGAUAUAUUUAAAUUUGUGAUCUAUCAUACACGAGCGGUGAGUUUUAAACAUAGGCCUACUAGCCAAAACCUAAUUGGUUAUGCAUGAUUAUAAAUGUGUUAUAUAGAUGGAUCUAAUUAAGCUUAAUUCUAGGAAAUCACCAUUUUUGUUCUUGCUGUAAUGAGGUUUGAAAUGUUCAAUUUCAUACUUCAUUGCAAUACAAAACAAUAGUCUACCACUCUAUGUUUCUAUAUACAUCGCAACAUCUUGUUUUGGUAAACUUCAAAUGAUGAUUAUUUUUAUUAUCAUUACCAUUUUGAAUAAUUUGUUUGUACUUCAUAGAAUCAACCCCUUUCUGAUUAAGUAGCAUAUGAUAUUUUCCAUCUAAUAAAAAGUAGCCCAUGAUAUUAUAUACGAAGUAUAAAAAAUUAGCCAUAUAAGCAACGUCAAAUUAAAUCUCCCCUUAUGCAUCUCGAUCUUUUAGCAUAAAGUCAAUGAUGUAAAUGUAAUUUGAUCUACUCUCUCCGUCUCUUUUUGUUCUUUACGUUUGUUAUUUUUCACGUGUUUUAACGAUUAAUUAAUUUGCAUCGAGAUUCCUCAGUUUUUUUUAAUUAAAUAAGAUAAAUUACGUUUAUUUAUAAUGUUUUCACUUUUAUCAAAAUUCUGAUAUUGAGAAAUGAGAAAAUUUUAAUGUCCCAAUGAAAAAGUGUGAGAGAUUAAAUGUCCCAAUGAAUUUAAUUGGUCAAAAUAAUAAUUUGACACAAAUUUUGAUAGAAUAUUAAGUCAUUUAUGUGAUAAUAUAAAAUGAAAUGUAAAGAACAUUUUAAAAUACCUAAAAAGGAAAACAUAAAGAACAAAAAGAGACGGGGAGUAAUAUCUUACUGCGUUCCGUGAAAGAUAAACCAAUUAACUCGCUUCUAAGACAUUGUGCCAUUUCUUGUUUCUAAGUUGUCAACCUCAUAAAGUCACAAGUUUCUGUGAGUUGUAUGUGAAUGUCAUACCUACUCAUUGCACAAUGGAGACAUGAAAUGUGCUAGAUCCAAAAAAAAAAAAAAAAACUACUCCCUCCAUCUCUUUUUGUUUUUUACGUUUUUGUUUUUGGGUGUUUCAAAAUGUUCUUUACAUUUCCUUUUAUAUUAUCACAUAAAUGAUUUAAUAUUCUAUCAAAAUUUGUGUCCAAUUAUUAUUUUAACCAAUUAAAUCCAUUGGAUCAUUUAAUCUCUCACACUUUUCCAUUAUGACAUUAACUUUUUCUCAUUUUUCCAAUAUCAGAAUUUUGAUAAGAGUGAAAACAUUAUAAAUAAACGUAAUUUUCCUCGUUUACAUAAAAACUAAGCAUAAUCUCAAUGCACAUUAAUUAGCCGUUAAAACACGUGCAAAAUACCAAACGUAAAAAACAAAAAGAGACGGAGGGAGUAUUAGGUUUGCUAUGAUAUGACGCAUAUAUAUAUGCAUGACUACAUAAUUAAUUUGAGUGUUGAAAAUUUCUAUGUUUUGCAUAUGUGAGUCGCCGCACAGGUGUGUGUACACGGUAUCUAUAACAUGAUAUGUUAUAUUAAAAGGCGUUUAUGAAAACGUAUAUGUGUCACGUAUGCCUCCUCCUUAUUACUCCACGUCAUCACUAAUAUGCAUCGUGACAUGUUAUUGACAACCAAAAAAAAUCACGUAGCAAGGAUCGAACAUCAAACCUCAUGGAUUAAAGUUUCACUUCCCACCAUCUUAACUAGCUAUAAUUUAUGUUAUAUUUUCCCAUAUAAAUGUAAAAUACAAUCUUUAAAAAUGGGCACAUUUUUACAAAAAGUAAACCCCACUAAAAGUAAAACCCGGAGCAACGCCCGGGCCACACACUAGUUUAUAGCUAAUUGUUGUCACGUCUUUGUAUGGUUGUAUAUGCAGAUCCUUCAUUUAGCAGCUUAGCAAGUAAAGGUUGUUCGAUUUGACCAGUAAGUUUAACAUAGGAUUAAUAUUGUAUGAACAACACAGUAAAUGGAGAUUUACUUAAAAAAAGUGAGUUAAACCUAGCAAUGUGUUGGUUGCUUCUUGGGAUGUGGCCAUUGCUAAAACGAAGGGCUAGUUUUCGAGUUCGACAAGCUGGAGGUGCUUCAUACAGUGGUAGCUAACGGGGAUGAUUGUAACAUAAUUUGAUGUCUUGGUUAGUUCAGUUUUAUUUUCAGAAAUAAUACAAAGUAAAAUUUUCAAUUAAAACACUGUUGAUGGAAACGGUUGCAUUAAGGCAAUUCCUCAAUAAUCUAUGCACCGGUAAUUCACAAUGGAGCUAUGCUAUUUUUUGGAAGCUUCAACAAUUAGAGAACUACAAGUUUUUGAUAUGUGAAGAUGUGUAUUAUGACUUCGAAAAGUCACAACAUCAAUGUCAAGGCAUAUUAAGGGAUCCUUUGUUGUACUCAAGGCAAGAAGUUGUACCAAGUUUAGAAUUUGGAACAAACAUAUGUGAUGAAGUACAUCCCUUGGAUUAUCCUAUUGGAUUCGCGGUGGCUGAUAUGUCAUGUUGUCAAUAUUUGCUAGGAGAGGGGGUGGUGGGAAGAGCGGCACUUGCUGAGAAUGAUUUCUGGAUUUAUUCAGACGAUGAUGAAUAUGUCAAAUUUCUUUCACAACUAGAGGGUACUGCGGAUGGGUGGCUUCUUCCUAUGGCAGCUGGAAUCAAGACAACCUUACUAGCUCCUUUGUUACCAUAUGGAGUUUUGCAACUGGGCUCAUUUGAUAAGGUUGCUGAAAGUCUGGCAGUAGCUGCUGAUAUUCGAGAUAGGUUCUUCGCUCUUGCCUCUACAAAUAGUAUCCCCUUCCCAAGUUAUGAUGAUGGUUCUUUUCUUUGCUCGUUGGUUCUGAUGCCAGAACCCGAUAACAAUGCUGAAUCACCAUUCCCUUGCAACAAUCUACAAAGAAUGGAUGAGGAUACUGCCAAUACAAUUCAUGAUGUUGAAUUCAUAGAAAGUCAUUUACCAACCGCCUAUGAUCAACUUGUUCCUUACAUGGAACAAAAUUAUCUUGAGCUCGAGGAUUUGUCAUUCUUUAUUGAUGAUGAUCAGAAUAUUUUUACUGAUAACAAUGUUGAAUUAAAUACAACAAGCGAGCUUGUUAUUUCUGAUAUACCAGAGGCAACAUCAAUGUGGAUGUUCUCUUUCCCAGAAGAAGAAUUUGAUGAUACUAGACUAUCCGGAGACUCAUCUGCUGAGAUAUGUUCUGAUUCAGAUGCAACUAGGUUCAGAGUAAAUCACACUGACAGCAGAAAUCUCAACGAUUUCCCUAGAGACUGUGAGCUGCAAGUAUUACUGCGGCCAGUUUUCAAAAUAAACAAAGAUUGUGACUCGUGUAAGGAAAAUGUGUCCUCUGAGGAAGGAUUUGGUUCUUCGGCAAUGGAAUCAAGUGAACCAUUUGAAGAAGGCGGUGAGCAAGAACAGCUUUUGGAAGAUGUGAUUACUACUCAGUACAAAAAUUCAUAUGAAGAUACUCUCUUUUGUUUCUGUAAUACUAGUAAAUCGUCUGUAACCUCAUUACCAGAAACAGCUCUUUGCAACACUAUGUCAGACUACGAAAGCACGUUUGGUAUGACUUCAGCCCCUUCAUUAGAGAGCUUAGAAAGUGCAACUAUUGUAGAUGAGAAACGCCAACAACCUGCUUCUGAGUUUCUUGAUAAGAAUUCUAAGAAGCCUAAACGCAGCAGACCGAGGCCAAGAGAUAGACAACUCAUUCAAGAUCGACUCAAAGUGUUGCGCAAAUUAGUCCCAGAUAGUGAAAAAUGUAGCAUUGAUGGGCUGCUAGACCAAACUGCAAAGCAUAUGAUGUUCUUAAAAAGUGUGAAUGAACAAGCAGAAAAGGUGAAGAAGUUGGUAUCUGAAGAAAAGGCUGCAACAGUACAAGGUGGAAAUGACUUUGAGGCAUGCCCUAUUAUUGUCAAAGAUUUGGAACACCCUAGCCAAUUUCUCAUACAGAUGGUUUGUACUGAUGAUGGAGUCUUCUUUGAAAUGGCUGAAGUAAUGCAUAAAUUGAAGCUGACCAUCUUGAAAGGAACAAUGGAAAAUCGGGGUAACAAGUGGGCAAGCUUCAUUGUUGAAGGUUCGAAGGGGUUUAACAGAUUGGACAUAUUCUGGCCACUAAUGCGAAUACUACAGAAAAAUGGGAACUGGAUUGCAGACCAACUGUGUCCUUAACUGUACAUUCCUUGAUCAAGAAGAGGUACUGUGAAGAAGAACAUGAGAAGAAGACAUCUAAAUUCGUUAACAUCUUAACAACAACAUAAACAUUGAAAGAUCUAUUGUGUUUUUUAUGUACAAUAACGUUGUACAGAGUACUACUUAGUACUUAUAUACAACGGUUGAUUUUUUAA